AAAGAAAAAGCCAACUUGUAUGACAUAUUAAUGACAUAAUUUAAAGUGUAAAAAAAUAACACGUGUUAUGAUUAGAAGAGAAAGAGUCCAAAAGAGAAAAUUGGAGAAAACGUUGCUAGGAUUCCCCCAUAUAUCUCAUCUCCUUCUCCUCAACGAAUUGGAAAGUUCAUGCAGGGACAACAUGAAAACCAGCACUCAACCAAAACUUCUCACUUUCAAAUACGUGUUUCUCUCUCUCCUUCUCACUCUCCCCAUUCUCCUUCUUGUCCUCCGUCUUCAACCUCAAAACCUCCACUGGACCGCCGCCGCACCUGGUAACAUCCGCCCGCCAACCGUACCCAACAUAACCACCCGAGGCAUCCGAAUCCGACCCGGCUACACCUCGUACGAAGCCUACAUCCAGCGCCAGGUCAACAAGACCCUCAACCCUAGGCUGCGACAAGUUUGGAUCACCCGCGACUGGGACCGGAAGAUCCAAGUCUUCUCCCAAUUCUUCCAGCACCUAAAGCGCCGGAGCCUCCUCUCCAACGACUCCAAAUCCCUCUGCAUCGGCGCACGAGUCGGCCAGGAGGUCGAGGCGCUGCGCCGAGUCGGCGUGUCCGACUCAGUCGGCAUCGACCUCGUGCCCUACCCGCCGCUGGUCGUGAAAGGGGACUUCCACAACCAGCCCUUUCGCAACGACACCUUCGACUUCGAGUUCUCCAACGUGUUCGACCACGCGCUGUUGCCGGACAAGUUCGUUGCAGAGAUUGAGCGGACGUUGAAGCCACGUGGCAUCUGCGUUCUACACGUGGCGGUUGCAAGGCGGACGGAUAAGUACUCGGCCAAUGACCUGUUUAGUAUCAAGCCGUUGGUGGAGAUGUUUCGGAGGUCUGAGUUGGUUCAGGUUAGGGAGAUUGACGGGUUUGGGGCUAACACGGAGGCGGUUUUUAUGAAACGGGAAACGGGAUACGGGGAACACAUCCAACGGUCUUGAUUGACCCAAAAUUGCCUCUCUCUCUCUCUCUGCAAAUAUUUGCAAUAUAUUAUUCACUUCAAUUUGUUUUUUUUAAAAAAAUCUCUCAUUUAAUUUGGUAGAAUUACUAUGAUGUGUGGCAUAUAGAGACGUGUAUUAGACAAAAAAGAUUGAUCCGUUUGUCAUUU